UAUGAUGACCGGUUGGACAGAAUGUACACUGGUCACAGCCCAUAGGGGUCAGAAGUAGUUUCUCAUUAUUAUCGCUAUAUGGCGUUUGUAGUGUUUUUGCGACAUAACAGGAUGUCUAUAAGUGUUGCUUUCAUGAUUUAUGGCGCAGCAUGUUCCCAUGUGUUUGUAGGAAAACUUAACCUAUAUUGACAUACAUGCUUUUAAUUCAUUCAUCAUGAGUACACCAGUAUUAACGAAACAACAACAGAGACACACUUUGUCAGCGAAGAAAACACCGGCUAAAGGGUUGCGAAAUGUUCUGGCACAACCACAAGACAAUUUUUGGCCAAUUGUAAAGGGAGAUGUAUGUACAGAAUUGGAAGAUAUUUUGAAAAGAUUAAUGCCAGCUGUAAGGCGUCCACCUCGUAUGAUUCCUUGGUCUCAACUUAAACAAAUGAAAAAAGAAGAACGAAACAAAGCUAAAGCUGAAGCACUUCUGAAACAAGAAAAUGUCCCUAAUACUGACUUAGUGAAUUCAGUUAUCUUGGGCAUAAAUGCAAUUACAAGAUCUAUGGAAAAGGAUAAUGUUUGUUGUGUCUUAAUGGAUGCGAAUAUUGAUCCUCAACUUUUAAUAAAACACAUUAUUAUGAUGGCACAGAAUAAAAAGAUACCCAUAUUAUUAUUGUCUAACUUUAAAACUAUUCUAUUAAAUACUAUUGGACUUACAUCUGCUGCAUGUGCUUUCAAGAAUACUGUAAUGAAAUCACCAGAACAUCAUUUUUAUCCACUCUACAAAAAGAUUUGUGAUAUAUUUGAAGAUAUGCCUUUACCAAAAACGUCACUUCAAUUAUUUAAGGAUACUGAACCCUUAGAGCAGUCUAUGUUGUGCAAAGAAGAUGUGAUAAGCUUGAAAAAUGAGUCAGAAGAUAAAACUUCAGAAUCAACUGAAUUUACAAUAUCCACAAAUGUAUAUAAAUACAGAUCUUCACGUAAGGAAAGAAUAUUUAUUCCUCCAAGUGCAACAGUCAGCUCCAUUAACGAAUCUACCAAGGAACAGAUAGAGCCAACUGAUUUUAUUUCCUUGAAUAAUUAUGAUUCCGACGAAGAUGAUGCAAGUAUUAAAAAACAUACAAGAUAUAUAAAUAUACAUGAGGAUAAAAGAAGAAACAAAAAGAGUUUCAUAUCCACGAAUAAAUCUCCGAAUGUUACCUAUUUACCAUUGAAAGUAAAACGAUUGCAAGGUAACAGUAAUCGCGCGAAAGCUACAAAAGUAUCAAAACAGAAGAAAAAAUAGUAAAAUAAUAUUAAUGGAUGUACCUUGCUAAUUAGAGCUAAUAACUUUUAUUUUAAAUUACAAUAAAUGUGAAAAAUAUGUAACUACAAUUGUACAAUACUGUCAUCAUUCAUAUAAAUGUACAG